UGUUGGAUUUUAUAAACAAAACAAACCGGCGGAAUCGUCUUCCACCUCUUAUGGCCAGAAAGUAACGUGAAAGGAAAAGAACCGGGGCAAUCAUGGCCUCCAAGCGAUUCGGUGCCAUGAAGGACUUUGCGCGGGCCAAGAAACCUCGUCUGGAUGUCAGCGUGACCCGCGGAUCAACGCGGCCCAGUCCGCCAAGAAAUAAUUUCGAUGGGGUUUUCUGGGAUGACGAUGACGACGACGUCAUCUUGAUGGCCACCCAGCUGGCGGAGGCCGAAAUAGAAGCGGAGGAGCGCAAAAGGAAGGCGGUGACAGAGGUGGACAUUGCCCACAGUGAGGUGACCUUCAGUGAAUUCGCUCCCAUGGGUCAGGGCUCCACUAGCACGCAGCAAAUGUUUCCGCCCCCGCCGCCGCCGCAAAAGAAGUCCACUACCCUGGACAUGGAAGCCAUUUUCGGGGACGACGAUGACUUUGAUUUCCUGGCCGUUACCCUCAUCGACAGCGAGCCUCAGAAGCUGGCGGACUCGAAACCCAGUACAAGUAGGAUCACAACUUCUAGCAUCAGUGUUCAACAGAAGACUACGAAGACGACGACUAUUAAUGCCACACAAUCCCGCCAGCAGGAGCACCAGAUCAAGUUCCUCAUGGAACGCAUUGAAGCCCUUAAGAGGGACAAGGCUCAGCUGGAGAAGAACCUGGGCGACAGCAACGAACGCAACGAGAUCAAGUCGGGAGAGGUUACCCUGCUUCGCGAUGAGCUGAAGCAUGUGCGCCAGCAGCUGCAGGCCAGCAAGAUGGAGAAGCUGGCCUUGGCCGAUGAAACAAAUCGGGACUGCAAACAAAAAGUGGCGGAGGCGGCCAAACAAGUUGCGGCCAAGGAUAUCGAGUUGAAGAUGAAGAACGCCGAAUACUCCAAGCUGAAGACACAGCAAAGAGCCCAUGAAAAAAGUAUGAAUUCCAGCAUUAUGCAGGCUGCCCCAGAUCCGUUAGAGAAGCGGUCCCUACUCCGUCUUCAGAAGCUCAACAUACACAGAUCAGUGCCCAGGCUAAAAACAAAUAAUGGCAGUAUGUUUGAGUAUAGCGAGGAUGAGGGUCAGGUUAAGAAACGGAGGAACCCUUUUGAUCUGGAGCUAAAGCAACUGCUGCUCUACUACGCUCAGCUACAAGCGCAGCCGGAAUCUUUAGAUAACCUCAUUCCAAGGAUCCUCUCUUCCGUCGGCAAGGUUUUCACGGAGUUUGCGUCCUAUGCUCAAAGCUUGGAUUUCCCACACAACUGCAUGUUGUAUCCUUACAAUCCCUACAACCUAGACGAGCAGGUCCACCGCAUCUCCCUUUCCCAGCAGGGUAGCUUAUUUGAGAACGAAAGGGCUGUGCCAUUGCGUCGCUACAUGGCUACCUUGGCUUUGAUUUGCCGGCAAGAGGAAAAGAUUUCCAGAGCCCUCCUGGAGUGGAAAGAGAAUGAAGUAGGAUUACUUGAAAUGGCAACCGAAGCUGUUAUUAAGCUGGGGUUUUCCUACGAGGUUGGUAAGCAUUUUGGCUUGCUAGAAGCUUUGACUUCCCUCCUGAACAGUCUUCUACAAGGAGAGAGAUUGCCCCAACAAAAUGAGGAGCUACUCUUUGAUCUUCUGAAGCAGCUGGCAUUUACCCGCCCCAGUCCAUGGGUUUUUGCUGAGCUAAGCCGCUGUUUCUUGAGCUGCCUUCGACAGCCGGAACUGAUGGUUAAAAUGUGUGUAAAUAGUCCCAAGGAGAGUUUUGUGUCGGACAGAGUUCGAUCCGUUUAUCGAUUUGGUCCCGACUCCUGUUUACUACAGGUCUAUGCCGGAUUGCUCGAGCUGUGCUUCUUUAGUGAGACCCCUCUGAGAAAGGAUCACUUUCAGUUACUGCUCCAAAUCGGAAGAAAUCACGUGCGCUUUGCUUUUGAGUGUUUCAAAAAUCCACCGGAUUUCGUACUGGAAAUGCUGCCGUACUUUGCAGACGUUGAAGAGGAGGAAUCUGGCGACGGAACUUUAGCGAAAACGAGCAGCAGUUUAAGUUGCAGCACCACGGGUGCGGUCCAGGGAUCGAUCUCCAAUGGAUCUGCAUCAGCGUCCGUUUCAAACUUGAAUGUAAACUCGAAUUCAAACUCAAGCUCAACGCAGCGCAGCAAAGACUGCGAGUGCUAUGUGAAGUUAUGCCUUAGUGCGGUCACGAUUGUCUUCCAAGUGAUGCACCAGUGGAUGUUGCACGAAAGAAAAUUAGGUACCGAUGGAGUGGGCGAGAUUUCCCGCAUUGCUGUGCAUUUGCUGACCCUCGUCUUUCAUGAGUAUUACCUCACCUGCCUUUUUCGCGACUCCGAAGAGACGACAAAGCACUACCUCAGCCUUAUUUGCAACUGGUGGAGCGAACAUGCAGAUUUACUUGGUUUUCAACCAAUUCACUUGCGUUUGCUAAGUCAGCUUGUAAAGGCCCAUUUUAUGCUGAAACCUCUCCACCAGGAGGCCAAUCGCAACAAUCCUGGUACCGACCUCUCAGAAUGGAAUCGCAUUGUCAAGAAUGCGGAUGCCCAGAAGACAGUAAAGUCAGCUGUGAAAUUUGAUCCUAGUAAAUUGCUCGACAUCGACUUCUUUUGUGCCCUUAAAGGGGAAGAGAGCACUUUUGAGUAGUUAUAAUUUGUUAAGUUUAGAUAUUUUAGGAUAAGUUUUUAAGAUUUGUAUAGUCCAGAAUUUAAACCAGUCUGUUAAUAAAGUUCUAAAAAGUUUAAGCGCCAAA